ACUCCGAAAGUCACCGUCCACCGCCUUUCAGUGCUCACUCAGGAGCGCGCAGGCAUGCGGGCUUCCACAGGAGCGCACUGAGUGUUCGUGCAGGAAUGGACUCCUCUGCACCGACACAGAGGAUCGGGGAGGGUUGGUGGUGGUGGGAGAGGAGGAUGAGGAGGAUGCUGUAGCGACAGUUUCGAUUCAAAUUCCCUUCAAGCGGCCGCUUUUACGCAGGGUGGAGAGAGGUACAGCAGUCUGCCGCCCCGUUCUGCAGUGUGUAAUCCGCUUGUCGGCAGGAGCAAGGAGAGGAAACCCGACUGAGACAGAGACAGAGAGAGAGUUUGAGUCCAGAGACUGGAACCAGAAAGAAAGUGACCAAGAGUCUGUGUGGAAGAAGCUGCCCCAGGUCUUCACAUCAUGAGUGGACAGACAAAUGUUCAGUACCAGUCUGGUCUUUAUGGAGGAAACAACAACAGCAGCUCUCCUCUCUCCAGCCGUGCAAAUUCGCCCAUCGUGUGCGAGCGCUGUGGGGAGGUCUGUCGUGGGGAGGUUGUGCGUGUCAAGAACACACACUUCCAUGUUCACUGUUUCACCUGCCAAGUGUGCGGCUGUGACUUGGUGCACUCGGGUUUCUUCCACCACUCCGGUGAGUACAUCUGCACCGAGGAUUACCAGCGGCUCUACGGGACCCAGUGUGACAGCUGUGAGCAGUACAUCACUGGAGAGGUGGUGUCGGCCCUGGGGAGAACGUACCACCCUCACUGCUUCGUCUGCAGCAUCUGCAGGAGUCCUUUCCCAAUUGGUGACAGGGUGACCUUCUGUGGGAAGAAGUGUGUGUGUCAGCAGUGCUCACACUCUCUGAGCAGCGACAAGCCCGUCAAGGUCCAUGGACCAAGCUACUGUGCAGGCUGCGGUGAGGAGAUCAAACAGGGUCAGUCUCUGCUGGCUCUGGAGAGACAGUGGCACGUCAGUUGCUUUAAAUGCCGAACUUGUGGCCGUGCGCUCACUGGAGAAUACAUCAGCAAGGAUGGAAUCCCGUACUGUGAGGCCGACUACCACACUCAGUUCGGGAUCAGGUGUGAGGGCUGCAGCAGGUACAUCAGCGGCCGAGUGCUGGAGGCCGGCGGGAAGCGCUACCACCCCAAAUGUGCCAGGUGUGCCCGCUGUCACAUGAUGUUCCUGGAAGGAGAGGAAAUGUACCUCACAGGUUCAGAGGUUUGGCACCCCAUGUGUAAAGAAGCAGCUCGACUGGAGAGAAAACUGAGGCUGAGACGUACCUCGGAGACGGCGUCCAUUUCUCCCCCAGGCUCCUCUCCCCUGUUCGGCUCUCCUCACCGCCUCAUCUGUUCUAAGGCUAACACUGGUGUGUGUGACUAUAAGCAGAUGGCAGCUGUGCCCAGGGUCAAAGCCAUGUAUGACAUCCAGCAGCCGGACAUCAUCCCUUAUCAAUCUGACCACACGCACACGCACCUUUCAGGCGACACUCUGGAGCCGUUCAGCUGUGGACAGUCACUGCGCUCCUUAUCACCAUACUCUCAUGAUGGUUUAGACGGCGCUGACUUGAGGACGAGGCGUUCCUCCAGCUCUGCCUUCACUGACUCUCCUGCGCACAGUCGCCACGGAGGGUCCCCGCUGCAUUAUUAUCUCCCCGGCAGUGAGAGUGGCAGGAGUUCACCUUAUUACAGUCAGCCAGAGCCCCGGUGUGCCUCACCCAACACCGCCACCCUCCAAGCCCCCAAGCAUUUCCAUGUGCCAGCGUCUGAAGACACCAACAUGUAUAGGAAGCCCCCCAUCUAUAAAAGACAAGACACCUCUGCUCUUCCAAAAGUCAACAAAAGUAAGACCAACGAGAACCUGGUCAACCUUUCUUCGUCCAACUGUAACAGCCUUUACCACCCGAGCUCCAACUACUAUCCAUAUACUGGCUCUCCAAAAGUCUCCAGAGUGAGGAGGUUUUCAUCAGGAGGGGAAGAAAACGAAUUGAAUCACAACAUCAACAGAGGAAUUGGCCGCAUGAUCCUGAAGGAGGAGCUUAAAGCGCGGUCAGGCUGUCACGACAAUGACCGGUGGGGGAGCAGACGCAGUUCCCGCUGCAGCAGCAAGGAGGCGCUCAGUAGUCUGGAGUGCAGCUCCCUUAAUGGAUCUCCCAGAUCCAUCUGCAGUGCCGACAGCGACUCGUACAUUGCCAAAUCGGCGUCAUUGCCCGGCUACGGCAAAAAUGGACCAAACAGGCCUGGGAGUGCAACUGCAGAUUAUUACCAGUACGACGGCAGUAAUGCAGUUAAUUGGCAGAUCAGAGAAUACAAGAUUUACCCGUAUGAAUCGCUGAUGGUGUCAGUCAGAGGACAACAGCGUCUCCCCAGCGACGUGGACCGAGCCAGACUGGAGCGUCACCUCUCACCAGAAGAGUUCUACCGAGUCUUCAGCAUGUCCAUGUCUGCCUUUGACCGGCUCGCUCAGUGGAAGAAGAACGAACUGAAGAAACAGGUCCGGCUCUUUUGAGAAAUCUCCUCAUCUGGAUUCAGAGUAGAAGUCCUGGACAAGGCGUGAGCCUUGACCUCCAUAAAGGCCUACACAACCCUCACUGACUUAGUGUCUUUGUGGAGAAUGAACUGUCUGAAAGGGAAAACCAAAGGUUUCUGCCCCCUUUGUUGAGGUGGAAAGAGCAGAGCUUACCUGGGCCUCUGGGGUGUAUUUGGACCUUUAAGUGGUUUGUACUAGUUUAUAUAAAGUCUGGUGAAAAUGGGUUGAAUUGGAGAAGGACCUGGGAGGAGAGGGAACACUUCCAGAGGCAGCAGAUAAUUCACUAAAAAUACACUGGAGCAGAGGAGGACAGACUUGAUGAGUUGAGGAAAGAGUAGUCUGCUUCUCCACAUUUGACCAGCAGAGGGCAGUGUGUUAACAUGAUAAGCAGCAUGGCAUGACAGUCUGUCAGCCAAAGGUAAUGGAGGCAGUGUGAGGAAGAGGCGGCCUUCAGGGCCAAUUUCCACCACCAAGUAAGUACCAGGAACUUUAAGAACCACGGACCUUUUUCAGGGAACUAAAGAGUUCCUGCAGGUCACUGACGUUUUUUGUUUCCAGCUUGGUUAAAGACGAGGGAAGAUGAGGCAAACUGUGAGGAGAUUGUACAAGCUGCUGUGGCGAUUCAUUGACUGAAACUGUACAUUCACAAAGUACUAAUCUCCGAACAGGGACCUUUCGGGGGCCAAAAGGGCACAUAGUUUUAGGUACAGUCCCCAGUUCCUGGUACUAGUUCCUACAGUGGAAAUGCCCCUUUAAAGACUUGAUUGAUGAACAUCAUGUGGAUAAAGACACAAACAGACACAGUCCAGUGGUUCGGGUAGAUGAGCUUAGUGUGAAAGUUACUGAGUGUGAUGUACAAAUGGUGUUUUUCUAAUAUGCUAACACUGAAAACCAAAGGUUUUCCUCCUUAAUUUCUCAUAUCUGGCAUGUGUUUGGACAUAAGAAGCCAUAUCAGUGUUUACAGUUAGUUCCAGUGACACAGGCAGAUUUUAUCAUUCAGUGACUCCGUUUUUAAAACAUGAUGUGAUUGUAAAGUUUGUUAAUGAGCUAAAAAUCAGGUUUCUGUCUCUCACUUGUUUUUUUUUAUUUAUUUAAUUAUUUAUUUAUUUUGUCAUUUCAUUAAACUGCCCAGGAUUUCAGAUGCUGGAUUAAGAUUAAAUUAGACUGAACCAUG